UGACCAUUUCCCAAAGCGGAGUUUCCGCGACAGCUGGAAGCGGAGCGGGCACGACGGGCGCAUCGCUUCCGUUUUUUUUUUCUCUCCCUUCCGCUGUGAAAAGAAACGUCGUCGGAGAGAAAGAACCGGAGCCGUGCUCGUCUCAGCGCCUCCAGAGGAACCCCGGUCUGGCAUGGGCGACAAGCGGAGUCCCACAAGGCCGAAGCGUCAACUGAAGCCCUCCGACGAGGGGUUUUGGGACUGCAGCGUGUGCACGUACAAGAACACGGCCGAGGCUUUCAAGUGCAUGAUGUGUGAUGUGAGGAAGGGGACUUCAACAAGGAAGCCUCGUCCCGUCUCUCAGCUCGUCUCACAGCAGCAGGUAACGCAGCAGUUUGUGUUGCCCUUGCAGCCCAAAAAGGAAAAGAAGGAGAAGGUAGAGAGGGAGAAGAGCGACAGGGAGCCAGCGCUCAAGAAGAACAGUCACAAGAAGAUGAGGCCUAGAUUGAAAAACAUCGACAGGAGCAGCGCCCAGCACCUGGAGGUGACGGUUGGGGACCUGACGGUCAUCAUUACAGACUUUAAGGAGAAGGUCAAGCCCUCGUCCACCUCAGCCACGUCCUCCAGCGCCGCGUCGUCGGUGGUCGACCACCACAGCCAGAACGGCUCCAGCUCAGAAAACACAGAGAAGGGUCUUUCUCGCUCCUCCUCACCCAGGGGAGAGGGGAGCUCAGUCAACGGAGAGUCCCACUGAGUCCCACCCCUCCCCCCCUCCCUCAAAUCCUCAUCCACAUCUCAUCUGCAAGUCACUGGAAGGGAAUCCUACUUUUACUUUAGAGCUGCACAGUUUAUCGUUUACUUUCUUCUGGAGUUUUGACUCCCAGUAAUUGUCAGAGCAAGGUGCCAACCCUUCAGAUUUGGCAAAUUCUCCACGUUUAGAAAGCGACCUAGAAACCCUUAGCGCAUCUUGGAUGAUGCAGUAGUCUACGUCGCAAAAAUGUUUGGACAGUGUGCUGGACCUUUGCAUUUUUCAUCCUCUGUGGUUCCCUUCAGAUGCACCUGCCUAUCAAGAUUUCCAAUAUUUUUACUGAACAAAAUGUGCAGCCUCAACCUUGGUGUUGUGCUCAGUGGCCGGCAGAGUGACCUAUUCUUCCCCCACGUGGAAUUCUCAGCCACUGCCUGGAUUCUCUACCUACCUUGUCAUAAACCUGAACCGUCUAGUUCACACUUUCUCCCCAGUGUCCUCACACUGAACUUUCAAUGUGACAGCGAACCUUUGCUCCUGUUCUUGACACUCCAAGCUUUGACUUCAGGACUGCGUCUGCUGAAGAGUGACUUCUGACACAGCAUAGUGGCCACACUUGUGGAACUGUUUGUUGAUUUCCAUAAUGUUCGGAGCAAGGUUGUUUCGUUCAGUAAUGCUCCACAUGUCCUCAUAAUGGCACCUGGCAGAGAAUGUACAGCACAUGAUUUCAAAAGGGUAAUACCGGUGUUAAGUUUGUUUUUUAAAUUUGUGCCCGAGUCAAUUUGAGUGUAAUUUUUUCUUAUCUUAGCGGCCUUUCAUUUUAUUCAGUUUAUAAACGCCCACAAACAAACCUGCAUUAAACCUAUAGUGCAAAACUUUUAUCUCCCCCUUCUGGCAGUGAAAGUAAUGACAAACAUUGUUGACGCGAACAUAACGUCUUAGGCACACCAAUAGUUUCUUUCUUUCGUUUCUUUUUUAAACCAGAGUAUCAGAAACUCAAUAGGUUUACGCUAUAGUUGUUAAAGCCAACUCCCGCCUUUUAAGCUCGGGUAAACCCAAUCAUUGCUAGCAUUCUCUGGUGUACAAUGAAAUACGGUGAGAUUUACCUGGCACUGGUAGACUUAAUCAGCUCAUAGUUUACUUGUUUCGCAAGGGCUUGAAUGUAACAGACUGCUUUUUCUAUACGCAAGUCCAGUGCUCCAGCUUUAAGUGAUAAUUUUGAUAUAAAACAGAACGAAAAUACUUGUAAUUUUGUAAGAAAUUUGAAAAGUUGAAUAUAGAGAACUCUCUGGUGAUGUAGCCUUUCAAUCAUUGUCUUGGUUUUCUGCUUUUCUCACAGACCAACCACUGAUCCUCCCUGUCAAGCAAAAAGUUCAGAUUGAGAGCCUAGCUAUCGUGCAGCAGUAGAAGUUCUAACCAGCUACUAGAUAACUAACAGCUAUAAACAUAGUUCAAAAAAAGUUGACGCUAUGCUACCUAGCAAGCAUGAUACAGAAGUUUGCAAUUAGCAAGUUGCUGGUCGAGGAAGUCUUUACCAGCAACUAGAUAAACAACUACUCCAAACAUAUUUAAGAAAAGCUGUUGUUAUGCUACCUAGAUAGAAUGAAACUGUAUAAGUUUAAAGUUAGCUAGAAGCUUGUAAAGAAAUUUACUAACUCGCUACAUAAAAACUUAAGAGUCAGGUGAAAAUAGGACUUAACUUGGUCAAAUAGGUAGAAACAUCCAUCUUAAGUGUUACUAAUGUAAAUAGCUGACAGAUGAGAGCAGGCGGGGGGAAAAAACAUUAGCUAUAACAGCUUAAGUCCAUAAUAUCUCAGGACUGUGUUCCAUGUAGUGAAGUUUUUCUUUUCUGCCCUCUAGCUGUCAAACAACAAACUCACUGCAGCUUUUACAAUCAUCCAAGUUUUGUAACUCAUCACUGUCGGCGUUAAACUUCUGCAGAGACGUACAGGAGAGAAACCAACAAACCAUUUAAAAGAAUCCAGAAUAGAAAGUCUUUAACGGCAAAGAUGGCAGUCGUAAAAUACAUAAAAGCCAGUCGUCUGCUUUCUUACAUCUGAGCACGGAAACACAUUAAACCAAUCGUGUUGCACUGACCUCAGCCCACAGUUUGGGUCCGCAACUGUUUAAACUGCUGCAGGUGCAGUCGGUCGGAGAAAGAAUAAAAGGAAUAUAAGGCACUGGGGAGUGACCCGUAAAAGAAGUUGGUGCAUUGAAACCUUGCGCUUGCGUCACAGAACUGUAACCUGAAGGGGGAAAAGUGGUCUAAACUUUUUUAUUUUUCCGGGCAAAGUCAAUAUAUUCUAAACAUGCAGGUUUUUAUGCCCCAGGGUCCAUUGAAAGUGCAGUUAUGGCCGUCUUUUAUCAUUUAGAUAGGGGGCCUGGUCUUGUUAGCCUGAAAUAAUUACCCAUGGGCAUUUCCAAGAUGGCUUCUAUGCGAGAGUUUUUGGUCAUACUUUUAUCUCGUGACAUUGAAAAUACAUAAUUUCCUAAACUGGUUACCAAUCCUUAAUUUUAAUGGUACACCGUGGUUUUUGUCAAUUACAUGACUUCCCACAAAAAGUUAUAUCGAGGUAGUCACGACAACAAUUUUUGUAGCCUCACUGAUCUCAUUUGUGCUUUUAUUUUCUUCAACAAGAGCCAGUUUCAAACCAGGUUUAUCAGAGUAAAGUUUGUGUCAGAGACAUAAAAGAAACAGUCAGCGAACUGGAAGGUGACAAAAAGGCACUUUGGCUGUACAUGACGCCGGUAUUCUCCUUUUAAUCUCUGCUGCACCUGUUCAGGGUCCGAGUGGAAAACCAGUGGGUGCUCACACUGUUCUUCUGCCAUACGGGACCCAGCUUGGACACACGGCAGGACUGAAACGGGGGAGUUUGGACUUCUGGACAUAUUUAUGAGCCGGAUUCGGGGACAUCCUGCGGUGUGAUGGGACUCAAGGAGCCGUUUGAAUCCUCCAUUUUGACGAAGGACAAAGUGGAGAAACUUUAUAGAGUAUACUAAACUCCCAGCAGAACAAUUAUAGAUCAAGCUAACUACACAUUAACUUAUAAAAACCUGUAGAAUAAGUACACAGAUAAAAGUGGAUAUUUCUAAAAAAAAUAUUGUACUACAAUGUCUUGACGUGGCUUUAUUAUCCAUCAUAUCAGUGUUAUUGUCAAUAUUUUUACUUUUAAACAUUUUAGCACACAUUCUGAGAACUGUCACAGCAUGAUAAUAUUACGGUCUCGGUAUAUUGUGGGACGGGUUAUGUCUCUUAGUUCGUUAGUAUCGUUUUGAUUGUCGGAGAUGUACUCUCGUAGGUCCACUGCACUAGCUGGGACUAGGUGGGUGGACUCGUGGGAAUUGUUCGGACAGACGUUUGUUAUUUGGUUGUUACAAAAGUGGAAGACACUUAAAAAUGUGUUGGUGUCACUUGUUGAUAUUGUUUCUGUUUGUUUUGCUUUGUCAUGCUCAAUGUGUGAACUUGUUUAUUACAUGUCUGAAUAAGAAAAUAAGAAAAGUCGAAACAAAGAUGUCCUCUUCUGAUGCACACAUUUUUAUGAUUUUCUUUCACACACACAAGCUGUUUUCAGACAUUAAAUCGUUAACGUCUGCCCAACAUAAUUAGCCUGCAAUUUGAUCAUUUGUUUAACAUUUACAAUAAAUUAGAGUAGCACAAAAACAGAUUGUGAAUUGACUUCUCUAAAGCCGUUUUCAGACAUGAACUCGGGGAUGAAAACUGGGUCCGAAUAUUGUCCUUUCACAGCUGAAGGACGCAGCAGGACAUUGUCCAGGUCGGACAUGUUCACAACAACAGGAAAAUGUCCAAAGCAUUCAGGUUAGGGUGGAUCCUGGGUAGAGCAUGCAGGCGGCAGGGCAUGACGUUUAAAUUCCACUGUUUUUGUUUACAGCCAAUUGACACAGACGUGGGCCCUAACUGCCAAAAGCUCUCGAUUCUUUCCAUCUUUCCAGUUCUUUCAUGCCGAAACACUUGUGUAACGUUGGCCUCCUCAGAUCGUGUUCGUGCAGGUUCAGAGUUUACAUAACAGAGAGUGCUCAUCAUGCAAAACUAUUGAUAUGAAGUUUGUUUUUAACCAUGCAGUAGUUAGAUCAGAACUCUUGAUGGCAUACUUGUAUAUAAGCAUAGAGUAGUUAGGGUAUGGUUAUCACACUAAUUAACCACUGCAUCAGUCAAUAACCUCAUCUCCCCCCCCACUACAUCCAAAUGCAAUUGACGUGCAGCUCUGUUUGUCCAAUGCAGCCACCUCAAUAAAGACUAGUCACUUAAAGCCAGGCUGAAUGGGUCUUUUCAGGAGGUGAAACCAAUUCAAAGCUGCAGCAGACACAGACUGGAGGUUGGGGGGUGAGGGGGUUAGUGUUUGGGGGGAGGGGGAGAGGGUCAACACCGCUUAUCGCUCCCACCCUUCCCCCCACGUGAGGGUCUCAACCUCCUGCCUCAGCUGCAUGAAGAGAGUCAAGUGAAGCGGUUUGAAUGAGAAAGAGAGGAGGAGCCGGAAGUCUGCGGUGGCCUUCAGAGUAAAAGCACGGGAAGUGGUGAUUAGAGAUGCAAAAGGUCAAUUUGGACCAAAAUUGUAAUCAGAAAAUAAUUAUUAUUAUUGCUGUCACUAUUUUUAUUCAAUGAAAUGUCAGAAAUGUAACACAAAAGUCACUUUUCUUACCUCUGGCCAAACAGGAGGAAAAUCUGAAUAUAUAUAUUUUGAAUGUUAGUUUGAAUUAGUUAAGAAUUAAGAAUGAAUUAAUUUCAAUGUUGAGUUUAGACUGUUAUUUUAAAAUGAACAAGUGGCUGCAAAUUAAUAUUUUUUCCCCAAUUCAAAUGCUGGUUUUCAACUGAAAUGCCCAAAAUGAUAUGUCCCAAAAUGGUUAUAUGUAGCUCUUGAGCCCCUGACUCUUGGCACUAAUACGUUCUUUCUGGAAAGAAAAAGUAGCUUUAAAAGUGUUAAGAAUCAAAACCAUAAUAAACUGCAAGUUCAAAUACAAUAAAAAUCUGAUGUGAGUAAAA